AUGCAACUUUUGAAAAUUUAUCUGCUCGCCUUUUGCGUUACUAGCGCGCCUAGAUUGUUUUCCCAGGAGGAAAAUUUACACAAAAUUAAAAAUGGCAAAAUCCCAGAAAAUACUAGGGAUUCCCGCGGCAAGCGUCUUGAAUACGACCCCCAUGGAACACAUUGUUUAGUAAGAAGGAACCUUAUUCCUGAAAAGCAAUAUUGGACCGUAUUUUAA